UUUUAUCUUUGGGGUGAACUAGCAGCUGUCGGAGGUUCUUGUGUGGUUUGACCGGGGUGUUGAUGUGGUAUUUCCUCAUGGAUCGUUGGAUGCGUUCUGUAACUCCUUUUAUGUAUGGUAAUGUGACAAAGCCCCGGUUUGUUUUUUCUUGUUUGUUUGUUUCUUUCCUUUUUUUGUGUCUGUGAUUUUCCUUUUCGAAUUGCCCACGGUGGAUAUUGGCAGUUUUUUAAUGCCUGUUGGAUGUGUUGUUCCUCCUCCUGUCUGUCUUUCUCCUCCGUGAUGUUCUGUGUUCGGUCGUAUAGUGUUCUGAUUACUGACAUUUUGUGUGCGAUGGGAUGUUCAGAUGUCCAGAGAAGAUAUUGGUCGGUAUGUGUAGGUUUUCUGUAUGUUGUAAUUCUGAUGUUUCCUUCUUCUGUGUGGUGUAUUUUUAGGUCCAGAAAUGCUAUUGUCUUGUCCGUUUCCUCUUCGUGUGUGAAUUUGAUGUUGCCUGUCUUGUCUAUGGAGUUUAGAUGAUCCGUGAGUUGUUGUGUGUGGCCUGUUUUGGUUAUUUCAAGAAUGUCAUCAACAUAUCUUUUCCAGAAGAUAGGUUUGCAGUCAUCCGGUGCUGUUUCUAUGGCUCGGGUUUCCAGAUCCUCCAUAAAAAAGUUGCAUAGAGUGGCAGAUACCGGGUCCCCCAUUGCAAAUCCCUCUUUUUGUCUAUAGAUUGUACCUCUGUAUUGGAAAUAUGUGGACGUGGAAAUGAAAUGUAAUAGUUUUGUUAUGUCCUGUGCUGUAAGUUUUGUACAUUUGUAAGUUUUGUCUGGUGACUGUUUUGAAGAAGGCGGAAGUGUUCGCCGAAACUGUCAACAAGCGAGGAGAAAUAAAAAAAAAAACUUGUAUGGAACCACCGACAUACCUAAGAGUCAACAAUGCUGAAGCACAACUGCAGGAAUAAAGAAGAGAAGGAGGAGCUGGGAGAGGUGGGGGAAUAUAACGUCUACAGCACAUUUCAGAGCCAUGAGCCAGACUUUGAUUACUUGAAGAGCUUAGAGAUUGAGGAGAAGAUCAAUAAGAUUCGCUGGCUGCCUCAACAGAAUGCUGCCCACUUCCUUCUUUCCACUAAUGAUAAGACAAUAAAGCUGUGGAAGGUGAGUGAGAGGGACAGACGGCCAGAAGGAUACAACCUCAAAGAUGAAGAAGGACGAAUGAAGGACAUUUCCACUGUCACGUCAUUGCAGGUCCCAGUACUGAAGCCCACUGAUUUGAUGGUAGAGGUGCGCCCAAGGCGGAUCUUUGCAAAUGGCCACACCUACCACAUCAAUUCCAUAUCAGUGAACAGUGAUGGAGAAACGUACCUGUCAGCUGAUGACCUCAGAAUCAACAUGUGGCACCUGGACAUCACUGAUCGCAGCUUUAACAUUGUGGAUAUUAAACCAGUGAACAUGGAGGAUCUGACAGAAGUGAUCACAGCAGCCGAGUUCCACCCGCAACACUGUCACCUGUUCAUCUACAGCAGUAGUAAAGGAACAAUCCGCCUGUGUGACAUGAGGACAUCUGCCCUGUGUGAUACACAUGCCAAGACUUUUGAAGAGCCUGAAGAUCCAGGGAACCGCUCGUUCUUCUCUGAGAUAAUUUCCUCUGUCUCUGAUGUGAAGUUCAGCCACAGUGGACGUUAUCUGCUAACACGAGACUACCUCACCGUGAAGGUGUGGGACCUAAACAUGGAGAAAGGACCAGUAGAGACAUACCAGGUUCAUGAGUACCUGCGCAGUAAACUCUGCUCACUCUAUGAGAAUGACUGCAUCUUUGACAAGUUCGAGUGUGUGUGGAACAGCACAGACAGUGUGAUCAUGACCGGAGCAUAUAACAGUUUUUUCCGUAUGUUUGACCGGGACUCAGGGCGGGGCGUGACACUUGAGGCUUGGCGUGAAAGCAGUAAACCUCGUGCAGUGCUGCGGACACGGCGUGUGUACACCGGGGGGCGUCGUCGCCGUGGAGACGUAGGAGUGGACAGCCUGGACUUCCGCAAAAAGAUCCUGCACAUGGCAUGGCACCCCACUGAGAAUAUUAUUGCCAUCGCUGCCUCCAACAACCUUUACAUCUUCCAGGACAGAGUAACCCCAGAGAAGCAGUGAUGCACACAAACACACACAAAACACAUGGUUCUCUUGGUGUGUGCAUGUAGAGGCCACGGGCUGGAGGUGACAACUACACACAGUGAAACCUACAUACACCGCUUUUGCUGGACAGAUGAGGAACUACAUGUUUCUGCUGCAUGACUGUCUGUCAGCCAAUCACAGAGGCACAGAGAAAAAGAGAGGAGGGGAGGGGAAGGAGGAUAAACUUUAUGUGCUGAGGUGGCAUUUACAGUGGGUGGGGCAUGCAGACUUGUGGGCUGCAGGUCAGACUCACUGUUCAUCAUCACACGAAAGAUGUUACCUGGUUGUCAUGGUUACAGCAGUUGUCUAAAAAGUCUUCCUAUAAUGUUCUGCUCAUCUCACACACACACACACACACACAAACAAAUCUACUUCCUGUAAGAGGUGAUUUGUCAAGACCUCGAUUAGCACUAAUCAUUUAAUUAACCUUGUUUAAUAUAAACUCUAUACCAACAUUAACACUACACCACCACUACUGACACCACACCUACAUUAACACUACACUAACUUUAACACACCACCACCAUCAGCACUUCACUAACCUCAACACUACAUUACACUAAUGUUACACUAACUAAUACUACACCAACACUACUACUAACAUUACCCCUCACAUCAACUGAAUUCAUACUAACACUACACUAACCUUAACACUAACACGACACCAACACUAACAUUACUAAUGGUAACAUUACACCAACACUACACCAUCAAUGACACCAACUCAACACCCAAAGUAACACUAGAAAACCACUAGUACUACAUCAGCAUUAACACUACAUCACACCAACACUAACCUCACACUAACACUACACUAACACCACUAUUAUACAAUCACUUUCACCAACAAAACUAACACUAUACUAACUUUAACGCUACUACUGACACCACACCUACAUUAACACUACACUAACUUUAACACACCACCACCAUCAGCGCUUCACUAACCUCAACACUACAUCAACACAAAUUAUUACUAUAACAUUAAGACUUCGUCAACACUAACUACACCACCACACCAACACUUAUAUUAACACUACACCUCGCACUAACUUCAUACUCACACUAACCUCACUUCACUACCUCAACACUACACGAACCUUACACUAAUGUUACACUAACUAAUACUACACCAACAUUACUCCUAACAUUACCCCUCACAUCAACUGAAUUCAUACUAACACUACACUAACCUUAACACUUACACUAACAUUACUAAUGGUAACAUUAUACCAACACUACACCAUCAAUAACACCAACACAGCACCCAAAGUAACACUAGAAACCCACUAGUACUACAUCAGCAUUAACACUACAUCACACCAACACUAACCUCACACUAACACUACACUAACACCACUAUUAUACAAUCACUUUCACCAACAAAACUAACACUAUACUAACUUUAACACUACUACUGACACCACACCUACAUUAACAUCAGCAAACACUACACCAUUACACCAACACUAAGCUCAUACUAAUACUAAAACUACACAAACACUGCACUAUCAAGUAAUUAACACUUAGCUGAGCUUUAUAGCUUUUAAUAACCAACUGCAUAAAACACAUCUUUAUUCUCUCUCUCACAUACACACACACGCAUGUUUAUCCUGUUUCUCAUUUGUAUAUAAAAU